CAAACCCACGCGCUGCUCUAGGUCAGCUCUCAACCAAUGCCGGGCCCUUAAUAAAAUGCCAAGAACAGGGCGUGUGGCGCAUACCGCCGUUAGCCGCCGCUGCUUCACAAGCCACAGCUCGACCUCCGACGUCACAUUCCACAACAAACAGUGACGCCGCAUCAGCGAAAAUGCCUUCGUCACCUGCGCACGACGGUGUUGCUACUUUCGUCGCCCUCCGUGGUCUCUCAAGGAACGAUAGACAACCGCGGGACAUUAUGCAGAGUAUGCUCACGAGUGCGCGCUGUGCCGUUCAGUGAUGAAGUGUGUUCCGGUGCUACUGUACGGGUGCUGCCUGUUGCUACGAUCGUGGGUCGACUCGUGGGACCUUCGAUCGAUCGGCAUCGAUCAGUUCGAGGUGCGCCACGUAUCACUCUACCGUAAUCGUGCCUUUCUGGCCAUCGAAUCCGCCACCUCGAAUGUGUCACUAGUGGAGGCCUCUUGGCCGGAGAAUCUGCCCGGUUAUAACCACCGACCACGGGUACUGUCGGAGGAUGCCGAUACGGAAACGUGCUGGGCCCUACAGAGCGUCCUUUGCACCGAUGUCGAUCGUCUGGCACGACUUUGGGUGUUGAGUGGACCGGGCAAAGAUGCACGCCGAUGCCCUCCGAAACUCCUCAUCCGCAGUUUGCUUACGCCACAGACUACGGCCGAGAUUCAGCAUCGGUUUCGUCGCGAUCUGCCACCGCUGCAGACGCUCGUCGUCGAUCCAGUCCCAGCCUUCGAUGGUGAUACGCGCGCCUACAUCACGCUGCACGAUCAGGACUAUCUGCUGCUCUACUCCCUGUACAAACAAUCGACGGGAAUACUUCGCUUCGAGAAGAACGAUCUCACGUCCCUGCACCCGAUCUCACUGUCGGAGCUAACGAUCAACCACAACCAGCUGUACGUGGCGGAUACGGUGAACGAUCGGUUGUUUACGCUCCCGAUACGGAACCUACGCCAGCUCGCCUUCCCGGAGGAGGACGGCAUCGAGCGGAUCAUCCUGAAGACGACGAUCAAGUACAUGGGGCAGCUGCUGGGGCAUCCGAGCGGGCUGCGGCUAGACUGUCGGGACAAUCUGCUGUACAUAUUGCCGCGCGAUGGUGCGAUCGUCGCGUGGAGCGCACACCGAUCGCUGAAGGCCGAAAACCAUCGUGUCGUCUUUCAGCAGAGCGAUCCGAUCGCUCAGAUCAUACGCGGUGUCGCGGGCAAAGCAUGGGCCGUAUCGGCAGACUAUGUGUCGCCGGCGACGCGUCGCCAUUGCGUGAAGUUGAUCGUGUAGCAGCUGAUCGCGGUAGGCGUCGGCAUUGAGUCGGCCGGGCACAUUGAACCUGUGAUAGGAGCGUUGCGUGUGAGGUUAUGUUAGUUGUGAAGUUGUCAUUUGUUUUGCUGAUUCAAAUACAGAUUUUCCAUUG